AUGAGCAGCAACGUGCCCCCACCUGCAGCUGAGCAGCUCUGCUACGAGAACAUGAACGGCUCUUGCGUGAAAACUCCCUAUGCGCCGGGGCCCCGGGUCAUUCUGUAUGCAGUGUUUGGCUUGGGGACUGUGCUGGCCGUGCUUGGAAACCUCCUGGUGAUCAUUUCAAUCCUUCAUUUCAGGCAGCUGCACUCUCCAACCAAUUUCCUCAUCGCCUCUCUGGCCUGUGCUGACUUUUUGGUGGGUGUCACCGUGAUGCCCUUCAGCAUGGUCAGGACCGUGGAGAGCUGCUGGUACUUUGGGGAAAGUUUCUGUACUUUCCACACAUGCUUUGAUACGGCAUUUUGUUAUUCUUCUCUCUUCCACCUGUGCUUCAUUUCCGUCGACAGGUACAUCGCUGUUACUGACCCUCUGGUCUAUCCUACCAAGUUCACGUUGCCUGUGUCAGGAAUUUGCAUCAGCAUCUCCUGGAUCCUGCCCCUGGUGUACAGCGGUGCCGUAUUCUACACGGGUGCCUAUGAUGAUGGGCUGGAGGAAUUAUCUAGCGCCCUCAACUGUGUAGGAGGAUGUCAGACAGUUGUAAAUCAAAAUUGGGUGUUAAUAGAUUUUCUAUCCUUCCUUAUACCUACACUUGUUAUGAUAAUUCUUUAUGGUAAUAUUUUUCUUGUUGCUAAAAAGCAGGCUAAAAGGAUUGAAAGUACUGGCUGCAAAACAGAAUCAUCUUCAGAAAGUUACAAAGCCAGAGUGGCCAAAAGAGAGAGAAAAGCAGCUAAAACCCUAGGGGUCACAGUGACAGCAUUUAUGAUUUCUUGGUUACCAUAUAGUAUUGAUUCAUUAAUUGAUGCCUUUAUGGGCUUUAUAACCCCUGCCUAUAUUUAUGAGAUUUGUUGUUGGUGUGCUUAUUAUAACUCAGCCAUGAAUCCUUUGAUUUAUGCUGUAUUUUACCCAUGGUUUAGGAAAGCCAUAAAAGUUAUUGCGAGUGGUCAGGUUUUAAAGAACAGUUCAGUAACCAUGAAUUUAUUCUCUGAACAAAUGUAA